AUGCCAUUUCCUAUCCAAGUUGCGGCGAUAGCCAUUUCCAAUAUAAGGAGAUCAACCAGGCAAAAGGCAUUUUGGUACUUUACCGAUCCACUUAUCAUAGCGGAGAGAAUCAUCUGCACGCCAACUCUGGCUGAUUCCAUCACCGAGGGGGUGCUGUCUUCUUGGGAAAAAAAGGUCGGCGACGUCGUUUCGCGAGACGAAGUGAUUGCCAAUAUUGAGACCGAUAAAAUCACCCUUCCCAUUACCACUCCUGAGCAUGGCAAAAUUAUAGAAUUCUUUGCAAAAGAAGGCGACAAUGUCACUGUUGGGUCGCAGCUAUUUAAAAUCGACUCUUCUGCAGACACAGAGCAUGUGGAAAAGCCGCAAGAGCCCGUAGCGACUUCUUCCCCUCAGGAAAGUCCAAUUCAAACUCCCAAAGCAGCCGAACUACCUCAGAAGAAUGUAAAAGCUGCCAAGGAGACAAAGGCUGUUGACGAACCCAAGUCCCCCUCAAAGACGGAAUUAAGUUAUAAGACACCGUCACCGUCGGGAUCAUCGGCAUCCAGAACAGAAUCGAGAAAACGGCUUACCCCGAUGAGAGCAAAAAUUGCAGCCCAUUUGAAAGAAUCGCAAAACAUAAAUGCCUCCUUGACGACCUUUAAUGAAAUUGAUAUGUCUUCGCUGAUUGAGUUCAGAUCCAUUCACAAGGACGCCGUUUUGAAAAAUGAUGGUGUCAAGCUUGGGUUCAUGUCUCCGUUUAUCAUGGCCGCAACCCGAGCCCUCCAAGAAAAUCCAAUGGUUAAUAGCCGAAUUGAGGGCUCCGAGAUCGUCACUCCAUCUUAUGUUGAUAUUUCGGUGGCCGUUUCCACGCCAAAAGGCUUGGUUACUCCGAUUAUUAGAGAUUGCCAACUAAUUACUAGCUUUGUUGAGAUUGAAAAGACUCUUUCUUCGCUUGCAGACUUGGCCAAGUCAAACGGACUCACCCAGGAGCACUUGAAAGGCGGCACAUUUACAAUCUCAAAUGGAGGUGUAUUUGGAUCGCUCAGCGGGACCCCUAUAAUUAACCUGCCUCAGUCGGCCAUAUUGGGGAUGCACGCAAUCAAAGAAAGGCCCGUGGCAAUCAAAGGAAAUAUUGUCAUCCGCCCAAUGAUGAAUGUUGCUCUUACUUAUGACCAUAGAAUUAUCGAUGGAAGAGACGCCGUCAUGUUCCUCGUCCGCUUGAAGGCUCUGCUGGAGGACCCUAGACUAUUUCUAUUAUGA